AUGUCGACUCUUCCACCGGCCACAGAGGUGGCCAUGGACCCCGACUCGCGAGGUCUGAUGCUUCGGCUGCGAGGACCUACAACUAGGACGACGAGAGACGCAGCCGCGGGGACUUUGCAGCUCGAGCUCUUGGAUCGCGUAGAAGGCAUUCUCGAGAGGAUAGGAAAAGUCCUGUCUGGCAACUUUGACAAGCUGCCGUUGCAGGUGCAGCAACUCGGCGCCUCUGGAAGGCCAGGUGACCUGUUGCAGCGUUUGAACACACUUGUGAGGGAUCAUGUCCUGGAUGACUUCCUCGCGGAACAUCCUGUUGCUCGUCGACACUUUUCACAGCUGUUUGGCUGUCGAUAUCCGCAUCUCAGAGGGCCUGGUUCAGGGGUCAUUGGUGAAGUGGUUGAUCGAGCAGCAGCGUCUUCGGUGCCCGUUGAGGGACUGCAAGCUGCUCUUGAUGAGAGGUUGAAGGGCGGGCCCUCGACGACUGGAGGAGUGAGCUGGCAGCCCACUGUCAAAGGCAUUCACCCAGCAAAUCUGGCAUCAAACAACGCCCUCUCUGAGGCCAUAGACGCAUUCAACGGCUUCGACCCCCUCUACAACGACUCGGCCAAUUCCCCGACACCAACAUGGUCCAUAUCUCUCCAGGAGCUUGAAAUCGUGGAGAAAAUGUACCAGCACAUGGACACGCUCCUCAGCAAAGAGUCAGUCGGCAAUCUCCUACACGAACUGCCCAAUAUGGCGCCUCAGCUCAAGCAGGCCUUUGCUCAACGCUUCGCCAAACUGUCGGACAUCUCGCAAAGGUUCCAGGGCGAGUUCCAGAGUAAAGCAUUCGCGGAGAUGCCGGCCAGGACGGGCAUCGAGCUGGAGAUGACCAUUGGACCAGACGAGUCCACAGACGCGGACGAGGGCAACACUGAGAGCCUGAACGUCGACUCUGAGCCCACGGACGAUACAAACAGACGGCCCGAUGCCGUCGUCACCACCUCCAGCAACAUGCAACAUCACAACUACAAAGGCUGGCUCAUCGAAGACCCCCGGAUCCAGCUCGCCCGAGCAAAGAACUUCCUCGCCGACGGCGACAUCGACCGCACUGCGAACUGGAAGCGCAAGUUUGCCGAGCUGGCCGAGUACUUUGCCUACCUGCAGUCCAAGUCCCGGGGCGAGGCCUGGAUCCACGACCUCGGCGAGGCGCUCGACAUGCUGCGCGCGCACUGGAUAUUUGAGAAUUACUACUACGGCGAGCAGCAGCUGAUUGUCGACUUUCCGACGGGCUUUUGGCCCAAGAGAAGCACGAGGCUGCCGCAGCUUCCCGGGCCCGAGAUUGAACUGAGGCCUCGGGAUGUAGUCACUAGAUCCAUGAAGGAGGGUGAUAGCUCACCCCUCAAUGACGCCUCGGGGCGCGUUUCCCCCCUUUCUCAUCCUUCUUCUGCGGCCGGGAAGAAGCCAGACGCGGGCAUCAUCUACGCCAUGAAGAGGCUCACACACCCUCCGGAGAAGGAGUCGCGAGACCCCUGGGCCUACACCAGGGCCUACCAGUUCUUCAAGCAGGAGGAGCUGCGAUGGGCGCAGUGGGCGAGGGAGCACGCCGUCAAGGAGUCGUACGCGCACAAGCUCUGGCAGGGCAGCGACGAGCCCGUCAUGCAGCUCCCCAAGAACUACAAAGGCCCCGUGCAGCCCGACCUGAUGAACCUCGAGAUGAAGAAGACGUACGAGCUCUUGCGGCGCUGCCAAAGGAUUCACCAGGGGUUGAAGCGGGCGGCGAGGCGGGCUCCUCGGGGCUUCAUCUUUGAUCUUCUGACGGCUGUGAACAAGGGCUUGUCGGGGUCGUCGAUCGGAAAGACAAAGCUGAGGUUUGGCGGGCAUGAGUUUGAUGCUGAUGGGGUUUCUCUUGCCAACCUGAGGCCGACGGAGGCAGCGUGGCUGGAGUACAUCUGCCAGCCUUCGCGGAAUCGCCCGCACACGCUCCAGGAGGCUCUUGGGAAGAAGGGAGAGCUUCUGCUUUCCAGGGUCACGCAGAUGAUGCGCGACUUGAGCCCCGUUUCGCUCUUCAGCGACAUGAGGCCUAGGACGAUGGAGCACUUUCUGAGGGAGCUGAACGUGGGAUGCCGUGGGCCGGUGAAGAGGCACGAGUUUACUGAGCGAGAGGUGAAGGUGCUUGCUCCAAAGCUGCACGAGUUGAAGGUUUUGAAAAACCGGACAAGCGGGGAGUUGAUGUUUGGACGGCCAGAGACGGAGUUUCAUCCCGAAGACUUGGUCAAGUGGCCGGAAGCUGGACCCCAGUCAUCUCUGGAGAAGAAGCCGUUCACCUCCUACACCUCUCAGGCAAGACCUAAGAACAAGGGCAAGGAGAAGAUGCGAGACGACGCAAGCGUGGCCUCAGACAGCACAAUCUCGACCAAAAUCUCCGUGCCCGCAUCAUCCGAAGACUUCCACAUGUACCCCCCCGACAUGCCCCAACGGAAAGACGUCCUCUCCCUCCACGAGUUCAUCAAGGACCCCGUGCGAAGCCCCGAGUGGCACGACAAGACUGCCAACUUCUUCUUCUGCCUGGGUUACCGCCUGGGCAAGACCCUCGUAGCCCUGCAGAGGCAGCACGAAGAGGACGAGAAGAAGCUGCAAGACCCAGAGGUGCAAGAGCACAACGGCAGGUUUCUCGACGCUAUCAUCGAGUACUGGGAAGACGACACGAGGAAGCGUCCCAACGACCGCACCAAGAACAGGGCCAACACGAGGGACUGGCGAAUCACCAUGCUCUGGACCGACGUCGUUAGGAUCGCCGAGCCCGAAGUCUACGAGCAGCACAGGGCGGAGUGGGCGGAGAAGGAGUAUCCCGACCAGGGCGUCGCGUACGACCUCGUGAGGAGGAAUCUCCUGCGCGAGGCCGCCGACAACAAGACGAUGCUGUGGCCGCUGCACCUCCCGUACAACAGCUACGUCACGCGGUAUCGAGUCGCGGACCCGACCCCCUGGAAAGACAGGUUCCAGAAGGAGAGCGACGAGAUAUGGCGCACGGUCGACCGGGGCACCAGGGGCGCGCGCAUCGAGGCGCUGCAGGUCCAGCUCCGCAAGGAACAGGCGCAAGACGAGAAGAAGCAGGCCGACGACGCCCUCGCCGCGCGGGCGCAGAACAGCCGCACCACCACCACCAUGCGCCGCGAGCCCGUCUGGACGUUUGCUCACCCGUCGAGGAAGAAGGCCGUGCACCUCUUCUGGGACAUCAACAACUGGCCGGUGCACCUGCAGUCCGAGGGCAGACGGAGAGUCAUUGCGUCGAGGGGUCCGGAGAGGGCAGCCGCCGCUAGCGUGGAGAAUGUUGGCGACAACGACGACUUGGUUGCUGCCUUGGCGGAGGAUCUGGAGCUGGAGCAGGAUGGCGAGAUGCCGUACUGGAAGGCUGCGGAGAGGAAGCGCAGGUUUGUGCCUGGGAGGGAGGAGUUUUGGAUGGGGGAUACGCCGUUGCAGAGGAGGGUGUUUGAGGAGAGGAUGAAGAUGAGACUUGCACCGCCGGCUAAGAAACGCACCUGGGGAGAUGUCCUCAAACAAGCCGUCUUUGGCUCUUCGACCACCGAGCCCGCUGCUGGUGUAACCCACCACUUUGAACUGCCAGCUGUGCCGGAACACUUGAUACCCGAAAGUCGACCUGCCAAGAUGCAGCGCACCGAGGGUCCUUUGCGCAAGCUGGGCGAGGAGCAGAAGCCUGAUCUGUUCGCGAUAGCCAGGGGCGAGACGGGAGAGCCGCCGAAGCCGGUCGUCCCGGUGCAGUAUCGGGGCACGUAUUCCAGGGCAGGGCAGAUAACGUAUCGCAUCCCUGACAUGGAGAUGAAGUGGAAAGGGGGCGUGGGGAGGUUGAUGGAGGUUGAUGGGCCUGUGGUUGAGUUCAAGGUUCCGGUGAAGAGGGAUUGA